UCGUCGGGUUUCUGGGCCGCCUGAGUUGCCCACUCAUUUUUACUGAUUUGAAGAUUUUUCCCGAAAUAGGGUUUUAGGUUUUAGGGUUUUGGGGGUUAUUAGUACCAGAAGAUGGGAAGCAGGUCGUCAUUGGCAGGCAUGGAGGUCCCAAUCAUCGGCAGCGAUUCAUUGAAAUGGAUUGAGAUCUCUGCUCCUCCUUCUGACGCCUCCGCUGAUGCUGAUAUUCCUGCUGCUAGCACUAGUGUCCCUCCUCUUACAGACGAUAUCGCCUCUUCGGUCGCCAUUGGAGACCCUCCUGUACAUCUCAUAUGGAGAAUUCACAAGGACCAUCCUCACGAACUCGAGUUAUUCGAGCUCAGUGCUUCCAAAGACUUCCCCAAAGUCGGACUUCGAAUCACUUUUCCAGAAGCGCUAUCUCCCUUGGUUCGUGUUUGUAAAAGUGAGGUUGAUAUGGAUUUUACUAGCCACCCCUACUUGGUUUAUGCAUUGACUGUCUCGGGGAUGGCUUACCUUUUCAAACUUGGACCCAUCUCUACUUAUGUAUCCCGCUAUGUUUUCCGGGAGGACGAGGUUGCCAAGUUUAAUAUGAACGCCUAUGUACCAGUAACAAGUGCUGCAGGAACACCAUCUGGGUGCCUUGUCGUUGGGAGGGAUGAUGGAUCCAUAGCUUGUUUCCAACUGGGCACACUUGAUGCCACUGCUCCUGGUUUUGCGCUGGAGCUGCGGGAUGAAUUGGGAAUUGGUCGUUUGUGGGGUUUCAUGUCAAGGGGAAGGAUGAUAGCAGCUGUGCAAGACUUGGCGAUAUGUUUCGUUCAUGAAAAGCCACUUGUAUUUGUGCUUCAUUCUGAUGGGAUGUUACGGGUAUGGGAUCUUUCAUGUCAUAGCAGGAUCUUUAGUAAUAACAUGAACAGUUCGACACUGGCAGGAGCUACAUUGGAAAGGUUAUGGAUUGGUCAUGUUGACAGUGGUUCAAACAUUAUUCCUUUGGCAAUCUUCUACAGGCAGACUUCGGAAAUCAGCUCGGAGACGAUCUGUGCAUAUAGCUUUCGUUGUCAUUUUGAGGAAAGAUUCGUUAUAAUGCUGGAACCUUCAGCACAAAAUAUCCAAUUGGACGAGGCUGGAUGGGUUGAUGUCAAACUUACUUCUGACAAGAUAUGCAUACUGACAAAUAAUGGAUUACUGCUUCACAAGUUGUUGACGAAUGUCAAUACGGAAGAUGCAUGUUCUUACGCUUUGCAGGAGGACUUUGUUGCAGAUCAGUUGUUUCAAAGUUCUGACCAUUCUUCAGAUGACCUUCUUUUGCUGGCGCAUUCAAUAUUGUCAUCUUCAAAGGAGCAUAUUGUACCAGUUGUAUCUUCGAUUUACUUACGCAGGCUGCUUCUUCCUGGGGUUCAUCAUAACAUUGCUUUGCGCUUAACCUUACUGGAUUAUAAUAGGCACUGGAGUGAUUCAGAUUUCCAGUCUCUAACAGCCGAUAUGUUGAAGAAGGAAAUUCUUUCCCUGAUUGAAAAUGAGGGAGUGAAUGACAAUUCAACAUCAAUAGUUUGCUGCUGGAAAAAUUUCUGUUCUCGCUAUUUCCAAAACUGGUGCAAGAGCAAUGCACCAUAUGGUUUGCUUCUUGAUUCCUACAGAGGAACUUUUGGUUUGAUCAGAACGAACUCAGUAUCUCUUUUUCGUUGUUCGGAGGAUAUUGAGCGGCUUAUUGCUGGUACUUCUGAUGAUCUUGUCGAUCUUGCUGGAUUUGAGUUGGAUUCAUUUGAUGAUGCUCUUGACUAUGAGGUGCUCAUUGAAAUGCUCAGAUGUGUUGUUAAUGUCAGCCAACAAUUGGGAAAGACAGCUUCUGCUAUAUUUUAUGAAUCAUUUGUUAGCGCACCGCGAGUUAUCUCAGCUGAGGAAAUUACUCCUCGCCUGUUGAAGAUUUUAGAAUCUGGAUAUAGUUCAACGGUAGCAAUGCUUCAUAUAUCAGAUCUUGGACCCGAUUUUGCAUGGGAGAAAACCUUGGCAGAUCAUAAAAACUUGAGGAAAUUUUCUAUUGACAUGCUGUUGUCUCUUCACGCCUUGUACGAGAAAUCUGGCACAUGGAGUCGUAUUUUAAAUGUGAUUGAGAAGUAUCUAAAAUUCCUCAUACCUCGGAAAAUGAUGCCAAAAUUUGAUGCUGAAAUGUCCUUGGAUAUCAAUGCUUCCAUCUUGGUCCAGGCUACUUCUCAAGUUGCAAAGGUUAUGUUUGAGUCUGCCCUCGACAUUCUUCUGUUUCUAAGCUAUCUAGUGAGCAUUAGUGCGCAGAUUCAUAUGCUUCAUGAUGAUGUAUCCAAAAUUCAAUUUGACUUGAUUCCAAUGAUUCAAGAAAUCAUUUUUGAGUGGCUUCUUAUCCAUUUCUUUGCCACCACACCGUCUGAAUCAGCUGCAAUUGAGGAUUUCAGCUCUCAGCUUUCAUUGUUACAAAUUGAUAGCAACAUGAGAAGAAGAACAUGGAAUGAGAAGCUUGGGAAGUGUGAGUUCACUCUGGCUUUUGUAUUCUUACCAAGUAUUCAAACUUCCUCCAGAGACCAGAGUCGUGAUUCCUCGAGAGACAUACCAGAUGUGAAUGACAUUAUUAUUUCAAUGCGGGACUUUGCUAGCUGGAUCAUCUGGGGCCACACAGGGGAAUCCUUUACCUUCCUCAGCCGUGCAACAGAUCUUGCUUUGAUCCUGCUAAGGCAUGGGCAAUACGAUGCCGUCGAGUGCCUACUCACAAUUGUGGAGGCACAUUUACAAAAGGAGAAGACAUCUCAUAGUAUCCAGGAUACAGAGGGAGGAUGGUGCAUACUUCAUCAUCUUUUAGGGUGCUGCUUCCUUGCUCAGGCACACCGUGGGUUGCAUGGAUUGCCGAAAGAGAGGAAAGUCACUGAAGCUGUUCGUUGUUUCUUCAGAGCUUCAUCUGGAAAAGGGUCAUCCGAGGCUUUACAGGGUUUGCCUCAGGAAGCGGGGUUGCCAAACCUUGGUUUCACUGGUAGCUUAUCAGCUUCAGCAUGGAGACUUCAUUACUAUCAGUGGGCUAUGCAGAUAUUUGAGCAAUAUAAUAUUAGCGAAGGUGCUUGUCAGUUUGCUCUCGCCGCGCUUGAGCAAGUUGAGGAAGCUUUUAGCGUAGAAGAUGAGCUGCAUGGACAAGACCUAGCCAAUGAAUCAGUAGAUACUAUCAAAGGACGACUUUGGGCAAAUGUCUUCAAGUUUACUUUAGAUCUUAAUCUCUAUUAUGAUGCAUAUUGUUCAAUAAUUUCAAACCCAGAUGAGGAGAGCAAGUACAUCUGCUUGAGGCGUCUGAUAAUUGUUCUUUAUGACCGUGGUGCCAUAAAGAUUCUUUGUGGUGGUCAGCUACCAUUUAUUGGUCUUACAGAAAAGGUAGAGCACGAGCUUGCCAGGAAGGCAGAUUGUUCAGAUAUUUUAGCAAAGCCAAACUUAUACAAGUUGCUUUAUGCAUUUGAAAUGCAUCGACAUAACUGGAGAAAAGCAGCAAGCUACAUGUACCUAUAUUCUGCUCGUUUGAGAACGGAAACAGCUCUGAAAGAUUACCAGCACCAGUCAUUGGCACUAAAGGAAAUUCUGAAUGGGCUCUCUUCUGCUAUCAAUGCACUUCAUCUUGUUCAUCCUGCCUAUGCUUGGAUUGAUCCACUACUUGAGAUAAAUUCUCUUCACAACGAGCACUAUCCGAGUAAAAAGGCCAAAAUUGCAAUAGAUGAACAGAGUGCCAGCAACAAUGCUUAUCCUGAAACAUGGAAAUCUUAUGUCGGUAUAGAGAAGAUGGAGGACGAGUAUGUGCUUACUUCUGCAGAAUAUUUGCUUUCAUUGGCACAUCUCAAACCUACAUCUAGUGGAACCCAGAAAACACCACUAGAGGUUGUUGAUCUCCUGAUCCAGGCGAAUUUAUAUGAUAUAGCAUUUACAGUCCUUUUAAGAUUCUUCAAAGGUUCAGAGUUAAAGAGGGGAUUGGAAAGAGUUUUCUCUGCCAUGUCAGUGAAAUGCUGUUCACAUAGAGUUGAUUCUUCAUGGGUUGGGGAUGAUCACAGAGCACAUGGUCUUCUGUUGACUUCAUCAAGGGAUGAAGUGGUUGCUCAUGGUUCACCUGAUGUGGGUUCUACAAAACAACAAUCCAAGGGAAUCAAUCAAUGGGGAACUCUUGAGCUUUAUCUUGACAAAUAUAAAGUGUUCCAUGCCCGUUUACCAGUAAUUGUUGCUGAAACUCUUCUCCGUACGGAUCCUCAAAUCGAAUUGCCUCUUUGGCUGGUAAAGAUGUUCAAGGAUGGAAGAAAGGAAAAGACUUGGGGGAUGACAGGCCAAGAAUCAAAUCCAGCAUUAUUAUUCCAACUAUAUGUUGAUUAUGGUCGAUACAGAGAAGCUACAAAUCUUUUGCUCGAGUAUAUAGGAUCCUUUGCAUCAAUGAGACCGGCUGACAUAGUCAAGCGUAAAAGACCAUUUGCAGUCUGGUUUCCAUACACAGCAGUUCAGCGUCUGUGGUGCCAACUUGAGGAAUUGAUCAGUUCAGGCCACAUGGUAGAUCAAUGUAACAAGCUCAAGAAUUUGUUAAGUGGAGCUUUGCUGAGCCAUCUUGAACUGGUAAAAGUAGACUCAGAAGAUGUGCUUUCUGCUUUUAGUUGAGAGAGUUCGUUUAGCUAACAAGAUGGGCACUCUUUGAAUUCAACCUUGAAGUUGAGCAUCAGCUGCAUUGUAGAUAUGCAUGAGUUCUUACGAGGCAAUGCUAUCAAGUUACAAUGGCAAAUUGGUAUCGACGGGAGCGUCUGUAUACUAUAGCUAGCAUCUGUACUUUCAGUCCAAAAAUUCGAUCGCCUGUGUAGUUCUCAAGACAACUGGAAAAUAGUGGGUGACAUUUUCUGCUCCCCUUUCUUGUAUUGUAUAGAUACAAAACAUGAUCAAACUUUCAAAGCGGAUAUUAAUUUCAUCUGGGGAAAUGUAUUGCCCUUCAAAAA